GGGCGAAGGGGAGGCGGCGGCGGCGGCGCUCGCACUGCAGCUUCCGGCCGGGCUCCUGCAGCACCAGCAGGCAGCGGCGAGGAAGAGCCGCAGCCGCCGCCGGGGAGCAGCCAGGCUGCCCGGGCCGGACCGGAGAGCGCUCCGCCGCGCCACGCAUGGAGACGCCGCCGAGGAGGGCCCGGCGCGCCGGGGCUGCAGCCGAAGUCGGAGGCGGCGCGCUCCUCCCUCUGCUGCUGCUGCUGCUACUGCUGAGCUGCUGGGGAGCUGCCCAGGAGCUGAGUCCCCGCGGGAGGAACGUCUGUCCGGCGCCCGGUUCUAGUGGGUCCAUUUGCUGUCCUGGAUGGAGGCAACAAGGCGAGGAAUGUUUGAUUGCCAUUUGUGAGGGAAAUUUCACCUGCAAGGAUAAUGAGGUUUGUGUGAGACCCAACGAAUGCCGCUGUCGCCAUGGCUACUUUGGAGCCAAUUGCGAGACAAAAUGUCCCCGCCAGUUCUGGGGCCCUGACUGCAAAGAGAUGUGCCGGUGCCACCCUAAUGGGCAGUGUGAAGAUGUGACAGGCCAGUGCACGUGCAAUGCCAACCGCUGGGGUCCAAAGUGUGAGAACCCUUGCUUGUGCAAACAUGGGAAGUGCGACCAGAAGAUGGGAAAAUGCACCUGCGAGCCCAACUGGUGGGGCCCACAGUGUUCCAGCACAUGCUACUGCAGCCUCAACUCUCAGUGUGACCAACAAACGGGGACUUGCAUCUGUCAGCCCGGCUGGUGGGGCCGCAGCUGCAACAACCAGUGUGCUUGCAGCAACUCUCCUUGUGAGCAGUUUACUGGGCGCUGCCAGUGUCGUGGCAGGACCUUUGGACCCCGCUGUGACCGCUACUGCCAGUGCCAUAUGGGCAGGUGCAACCAGCUUGACGGGACGUGCACUUGUGACCCGGGCUAUCGUGGCAAGUUCUGUCGAGAGCCAUGCCCAGCCGGCUUCUACGGACAAGGCUGCAGGAGGCGAUGCGGCCAGUGCAAGGGACUGCAGCCGUGCACGAUUGUGGAUGGCCUCUGCCUGGCGUGUGAAGCGGGCUGGAACGGCACCAAGUGCGACCAGGUCUGUGCCUCGGGCUUCUAUGGAGAAGGUUGUGAGCAGAUCUGCCCUUCCUGCAAAGAUGGCCACACUUGCAAUCAUAUCAAUGGGAAGUGUUCUCUCUGCAAUCCUGGCUGGAUUGGAGACAGGUGUGAGACCAAGUGCCGGAACGGGACAUAUGGUGAGAACUGCGCCUUUGUUUGUAGUGACUGCGUCAACGGUGAAUGUCACUUUGAGACAGGAAGAUGCCUCUGCAGAGCGGGAUUUUACGGGACUUCCUGCAAUAUGUCGUGCCCAACUGGUCAGUAUGGAGUGAACUGUGCAGAAUCCUGCAAUUGCCACAAAGACUCCUGCGACCCCCUGACAGGAGAUUGCUACAUGGAAGCCAACCAGCGGAUGGGGGUGAUCGGAGCCGGAGCCCUCCUGACCUUGCUGCUAAUUCUGCUCCUCUCACUUCUGUGUUGCUGCUGCGUUUGCCGCAAGAAGGACCAAGCUCGGGACACAAAUCAGGAUCCAGCCAACAAGAAGUCCCCAAGACGUCUUUGUGGCAGGUUCAGCCAGAUCAGUAUGAAACUUCCCCGGAUUCCUCUUCGCCGUCAGAAAUUACCCAAAGUUGUUGUGGCUCAUCAUGACUUGGAGAACACCAUGAACUGCAGCUUCAUUGAACCCCCAUCGGUAGUGGAGCAGCCAUCACCUUCAUGGUCUUCUCAGGGCUCUUUCUCUUCCUUCGACACCACUGAUGAAGGACCCGUAUACUGUGUCCCACACGAAGAGAGCAUGAGCGACAUCAAAGACAGAGUUUCAGCCCCUUGCAACCUAGUGGAGAAGAUGGCGCCAACAAUCAGUGAGGAGGAAGCUGGGGAGUACACCGUCUUAAAAGAAAGCAGCUCCCUCCAAGCAGACAGCAGCGAAAUGCCCUUGCUCAAAUCCUCUGACAGCGAGCGCUCGUCUUGUGGCUCUGGCUCAGCCAGCGGAGCUCUCUAUGCCAGGAUUGCCCGUCUCUCCAAGCAGUCCAAAGAUGAAGAUGAAAACGCCAUGGAAAACAAGAGUCCGAAGCCACCGUCCCCAGAGAGAGCCAAGCCUCCUCCUCCAGACCCCUCGACAAAGCCCAAAGUCUCCUGGAUCCACAGCAAGUACAACUCAAACCAGUCCAACUCCUUGCCUGCCAUUGGAAUGCCUGAUCCCUCGGAACAGAAGCAGGGGAUGGCAAAGAGGAAACGGAGCCCCAGUGAAACAUCUGCAGGGGUUCACAGCAAGCCAGAUGAAAAGGCACCCGCGAGAAGCAAAGAGAAGGCCCCAAAGUAUCCAAAAGAAUUGUGCUCCCCUGAAGGCAAAGCCAUUCCUGCCUCUGGGGAUUCACACUCGCCAUCCAAAUCCAAGCAGCGGCACAAGACUAGCGCAGAGCAAAUGGAGAAUAUCAACGGGGCCAUUCAGAAUGUGAUCAAAAAGAUAGGGAGCCAUCCCCUAGACCGGAAAGGAGGGGAUGCCCCCAAGAGCCCUAAUCACAGCAAACCUCGCUCUGAAGUCAUCCACCCCCACUUGUCUUCAGAAGCAGCAACGCUGCUGGCUGCACAGUUAAAGGAAAAGACUCAGAGCCUUAACAGGGGCGACAGUGGGGCAAGGCAGAAUGGGGUGAGCCCCCUGCCAGCUCAGAGGGAGAAACCCACUCCUCCGCAAAAGGCGAAGCGCUCUGUGGCCACCAGCAGCCAGAAGUCCAGCAAGCCUGUGCUGCCGACUUCGCCCAACCUGCAGAAAUUAAUCAAUCCCGUUUCAGAGGCCCCAGCUGGUGACCCCAAAAAGGUGGAGAAGCAUAGCUGCAGCGGCAACCAAGAGCCAAUGCCCACCGGUGACCCCGUGGUCAAGAAAACUCCCAUCAAAAAGCCACCUAGGAAGAAGAGCAGAGAAGCUGUCUCAAACCAGGCCAAAACAACCACGACACCACCUCAGACUGUCCAGUAAAGGGAGGCUGUCUUCUGUGGUCUACUAAAGAGCCCACAGAAGAGGAAGUGCUCAGUGGAAAUGGGGAGGCAGGGACAGAAUCUGUCUUGGAGGAAGACAAGGACACUCCUGAGGGGGAUAUCUCCUACAGAUAGAUGUGGACCCAAUGCCAUUGGGAGGCCUUCUCCCCCAGCAGCGGGCCCAAAGCACUUCUGGUUUCAUUCCCUCUUUGUUGUGUGGGGAGGGAUUUUGUGGGCAAGCGCUGGCGCCUGGGGUGGGGCGGGGAGUGGGGAGGGAAGAGGGAGGGCUUAGCAGGGCAGGAUGGGUCAUAUUUGUAACAGUAUUAUAACUGCAUACACAUGCUUCUCUCCCUAAGAUUGCCUGAGUUGUUAUAAUCUGCAAUAUGGAUUAGUUGGCUUUCUUUAAUCCUAGUCCGGUCUGGGAACUACCACAGCAAAAGGCUGAGGAAAAAAGCUCCACGGGGUUUGAGGGGGAGUCACCUUUCCUCCGUUGCUGGCGACGUGUGCAGGCCUCGCGCUGGGCCUUGGGUUUUGGCCGUGUAUGGCAGUUCAGACCUGGUUGGACAUGUGUGUCCCGUAGCCUCCCCCAGUGAUGAUUCGGGCACCGUUCUCCCGUGCAGCCGUGCUGCCUCGAGCUGGCUUCGACGGAUGCCCCAUUUGGCAGCAACAGCAAGGCCGCCUUGAAGGCCACAUGUCUUGGCAGUUUGGUACGCAAGUCUAGCAUCUCCGUCAAAAGCUUCCUCAAUUAAAAAAUGUAUUUUUGACUCUUA